AUUAGAUUUGAAUUGCAUAAUUGAAUUUUGUAUUUAUCUUUGUUAUUAAUAUCUUCAUAACAUAUUUAUGAAUAAAAGUCACUCUUAUUUUGCAUAUAUUUGAAAGUAUAAGCAUGGAACUACCCCGAAAAAUAAUUAGUUCUCUGAGCCAAUUCUGGAAGAUCAAUGUGUAAGCGAUUUUGGAGUGGCCUAAUUUAUCCCUCGCUAAGUUAGGGAAAGGAUUUCAUUGCACAUUUUGUUUGAUUUAGUUUAGACCUUAAACAGUUGUUUAUUCUGUAGAAAAGCUUGUUUUUGUUAGUAUUAGUUUAGAAAAAGAAGAUAUAGACGUGGGUUCAAAGCCGCCUCAACACAACAAUGCGAGUACCCAAAGCACUUAAUCCAAGACUCCAAAAGCAGCUUUUAUUAAGAUUCGGAGUAUACGAAAAGGUAUAUCCCGUUGAGACAACUCCGAGUAGAACAGUCCCAGACCACAUUGAGAAGCCGGAGUAUGUGUUGCAGAAACAGCCAAUGGCAUUACCAGACAAAGCGGAAGUUAAAGAUGUCAAUCAGUUACGGGGAAUGAGAAGAAGUUGCAAGCUGGCUGCUAAUAUAUUAGCUCAUGUUCAGAAAAAUAUCUAUCCAGGAAUAACUACAGAUGAAAUUGAUGGACUGGUCCACAAGUUAACAGUGGAAGCUGGAGCUUAUCCAUCCCCAUUGCAUUAUAAAGGCUUUCCAAAAAGCGUGUGCACGUCUGUGAACAAUGUAGCUGUACAUGGCAUACCCGAUCUGAGACCGCUACAGAAUGGUGACAUUGUCAAUGUUGAUAUAACAGUUUUCUUCAAAGGAUUCCAUGGAGACUGUUCUAAGACCUUUCCCGUUGGAAAAGUUGAUGACCGAGGGUUAGAGCUUAUCAGUAUUACAGAAGAAUGUCUUAAUAUUGCAAUCAAAACUUGUGGCCCAGAGGUACCAUAUAGCGAAAUAGGAGCUUCGAUAUUUAGACAUUCGAAAAGAAAUGGGCUGACAGUGCUGCCAGCUUUUAUAGGCCACGGUAUUGGCCAAUAUUUCCAUGGCCCCCCAGACAUUUACCACACAUUGAAUCGCUACCCCGGCCGGAUGAGGCCAGGUAUGACCUUCACCAUCGAGCCUGUAUUGUCGCAUGGUAGCAAGCACACACUGAUACUGCCCGAUGGGUGGACGGUGGUCACAGAGGACGGGGCUAGGAGCGCUCAAGCGGAACACACAGUUCUAGUCACUGAGGAUGGUGCCGAGAUCCUUACCAAGUAGAGCGUAUUGUUGUUAAUUUGUUAUGUAAUGUUCGCCUAUAGGCAAAGAAAUAGUACAGUCAACUACUUAGUCCGCACGCGAGCUCCAAGGAACCCAAAUGAAGGCCCGUCGGUCAGGUCGGCUCUCGCGUCCGAUGGUCCCUAUGACGGUUCCUUCAGGUCACGUUUGUAUGGGGCUAUAUUAAAAAAAAAUAUAUUGCACCUACUUUAAUCAGCUUAAAUGUUAUAUUUCAAAAUAAAUGAAUGUCCUAACUUCCAAAAAAUGUGUACAAACAUUUCACGUGAUACUCCAUAUAAGAAUGUCAUAGGGACCAUCUUUCGAUGCGAGCGGACCUACCGCGAACCAUUUCUCGUUCGUUCGUCUAUUUGUCUUACUAUCGCUCAACCUAUACAAGAGUGAUAGAGGCAGAUAACGAGAAUUCGAUUUUCGCGGUAGGCUCUCUCAACUCAUAGUACCUGAACUGUUAAUUUGACAGUGAGGAUUGCACAAAGACGAGAGGUCUGAAAUGUAUAUUGAAAUUAGGUUAAUACAAUAUAAAUGAUAGCAAAACUGCCAAUAAAUCACACCAAUUAUUUUAGUGCAAUUGUAAAAAAGUACCUAGUAUUGUUCUUUGUUAUACCUAUGUAUAUUUACUUGUUGUAUAUUGUAUGCCUACGUAGCAUUAUUAGCCAAUUUUAUGUAAAUAAAACGACAAAGAUCAGCGUGUGGUGUUUUAUUUUUUGCAAUCUUAAAAUAAAAACAUGUAACUUGGUACAUUAAAAGCACAAGCACAAUUUAUCACUCAGUCAGUCAAUAGAUAAAAUUUUAAAGGCGUAGAAGGAAGGUAUCGAUUGAAUUCAUAACAAUAAUAAUUGCGGAUUAAGUAUUGUAGAAACAAGUAAUAUUAAAAACUGUCAAUUUUCAUACUAUUUUGCGUUUCUUCGAACGUAGUGUUUGAUCGCGUUAUUAGCGACAAUCAAUCAACGUGAUUGACAUAAAAAAACAUUACAAAGAUAAAAAUAUUUUUCAAAUAAGUUUAAGAAUUAGGAAAGUAAAAUUCGCUUAGAAAUCACUUUAAAAAUGAAUGCAUAUUUAAAUGGAUGAGGAUCUUCCUCGAGUAUAUAUGAUGAAAAAAAAAACAGCGCUUUAGGGGGAUAACCGUCAAAGUGAUCAA